UCGAUCGUGUGGAUUUAAAUUUUAUUGUUGUCGCGAGUGGAAUAGUGUAUGGAAAUUUUCGUUCAAUUUUGUGUAUGAAACCUGUUUGAAAUGGCUGUGUGUAUUCUGCCGAAGAGCCGAUUAUUAUUGCGGGCGGUUAAUUUCAAACCACUUCCCAACAAACUGUCAACAAAAUGGACCGUAGUGCGACGUUCAAUAUCCGGCAGUAGGAAAAACCAUGAUCAGUCUUCAUAUCAGCAGCAUUCCGGUCAACAGCAGCAGCAGUAUCAGCAGAGUCAACAGUCGAAAGGUAAAUUUAUUAGAAUAAAGAAAAAAUGGAGUUGGAAAGCGGGAGCCGGUUGGACUAUAUUAUCCGUUUUGGAUUGGUGGUUACUAGCUGCCGGCGGAUGGCUGACGUGGCGGGGUGUUUUUCUCCGCUGGACCCCGCUGGGGAUUUGCAUGGUUGCAGCGGCCCAAUGGCACCUGCACAAUCGUGAACUAGAUCGUAAAGGCCUACCGCGUACGGCCGCUCAAUGGCAGAUGAACAUGUAUUGCUCACUUCCCCUACGGCUGAUGAGCCGAUGUUGGGGCUGGUUAGCAGAGCGUCGUGUGCCGAUGCCGGCUAGACCGCUUGUCUAUGGGCUGUACUCGACCGCGUUUGGCGUAAACAUCGACGAAGCAGCGACAUCCGAUUUGAAAAACUACCGAAGUCUGGCAGAAUUUUUCACUCGUUCACUCAGAGAUGAUGUGCGUUACAUUGACCCCAAAAGUUGCAUCGUCUCACCUUGUGACGGGCGAGUCCUUCACUUUGGAACCGCCACCGAUUGCCAAAUAGAGCAAGUCAAAGGUAUUACCUACAGCCUGGAGGCAUUUUUCGGACCGGCUACGUGGUGCAACAAGGAAUGUUCCACUUUUGCUGAUAAGCUAAAGAAAAAAUCUCCCGACAAUGUGCUCUAUCAGUGCGUCAUCUAUCUGGCGCCCGGCGAUUAUCACCGAUUUCAUUCACCCACCGUUUGGAAACCGGAAUUGAGGCGGCAUUUUUCCGGAGAGCUGCUGUCCGUUAGUCCCAAAAUCGCAAAAUGGAUGCCGGGCUUGUUUUGUUUGAACGAACGCGCUCUUUACGUCGGCAAAUGGAUGCAUGGAUUUUUCAGCUUCACUGCUGUCGGAGCUACCAACGUCGGUUCGGUGCAAAUCUAUAUGGACGAGAAGCUGAAAACCAACAAAUGGGUUGGACUGGAAGUUGGAACUCAUCGUCCAGAGUAUGACGAGCUUUCACUUCCAUCCGGUACUUUCUUGGAGAAAGGAGAGCUUCUUGGACAAUUCAACAUGGGCAGCACCGUUGUGCUAAUAUUCGAAGCACCGCGAGAUUUCCAAUUCAGUUUGCAAGCUGGUCAAGUCGUUAAACUUGGACAACGCCUAGGUUGUGUGAAUAAUAACGAAGAUGGGGCGGUCGAUCCCAGCAAAAUUAAGAAAAUAAUAGAAACACUAUAACUGAUAGUGAUAACCCGUAACUAACUCUUCGUAACUAACCUAUAGCUAUAGAAGUUGAUACCUUAGAGAUUUUAUCGAAUGUUAACCGAUCGAAACUCGUGCGAUUAGAAUUGGCAACAGAGUUUAAUUUAAAUAGAUCACACAUGAUUUUGUGAUAUUUUGCAAGCACAGAAGGGCUUUACAUUGGAGAAUAUAGGUAGGUAGGAUGAACAAAUUGACAUUAGAAAGGUAUUUUCUUUUUUCGGAAACUACCCAACAAAUAUUCAGUAUAUUCAAUGGUUUGCAAACAAUGUAGUACAUAUUGUACGUGAAUUCUACCGUUGUCAUAUAAGCUAUAAUAUACUUUACAAGAACUUUACCUCAUACUUUAAAGAGUCUAAACAUGAUUUGACUAUAUUUGUCACUAGUUUAACGUGUUUGUUUGAAGAGUCAUCAUCAACAUAUUCCUGUCAUACUUUUCAUAUGUUCCUCAUCGGUUAGUAUGGAAGGUAACAAGUAU